GUUUUUUGGUCUGAAGCCCAAUCCACGUUCAUCUCCACCCUUCUUGAUAAAAUCUAGAGUCCUAUAAAAGAACAUCUUCUGCCCGAUCCGAGAGAAAACAGCUGCUGUUUUUACUGGGGAAUCACUGGAUUUUACAAGACUACACAAGAACAAUGAGUGCAUCCAAACUCCAGGAAAGUGUUGAGGUGAGAAUUGCACGCUCUCUACAUAAAAAGGAGGAAGAGUUUGUGUUCGAAAGGAGAAACACUGUUUUUCAAAGCCUGCAGAAACUCGAGAUAAACUGCAGUAAGGAUGAAGUGCCAAACAUUGCAUUACUGGGUUCUGGAGGAGGACAAAGAGCCAUGGUGGGUUUGCUGGGAUCCCUGGAUCAGCUUGAUAAAGAGGGUCUUCUGGACUGCAUCCUUUAUCUGAGCGGAGUCUCUGGAUCCACCUGGUGCAUGGCCUCCUUAUACCAAGAACCAGAUUGGUCCACCAAACUAGAGACUGUGAAGGAUAAAAUCAUUGAGAGACUCAGCGGUCCAGGAGUCAGCUUUACAGACAAACUAGCCAAACUGAACAAAUAUUGCGAUGAGAAAGACCACUUCAGCUUGACUGACGUCUGGGCAGUGAUGGUCAUCACAGCAUUUGUGAAAGAGAUUGAUGAAUGCAAACUUUCAGAUCAGUGGGUCCAGCACAAUAAAGUACCAUUUCCCAUCUACACAAUGAUCGACAUGCAACCCCAAGGAUGCAAGAACGAGAAAGGCACAGAAGACCCCUGGUUUGAGAUCAGUCCACUUGAAGCUGGUUAUUCUCUCAGUGGAGCGUUUGUGAAAACAUGCAGCUUCGGCAGCAAGUUUGACAGAGGCUCAAAGACAAAACCUCAGGAAGAAAUGGACAUGCUGUACCUGCAAGCUCUGUGUGGCAGCGCUUUAGGUGAUAAAGACGAGAUUAAGAAAUACCUCUGGCAAAAAAUAAAGGAUUUCUUAGAAAAAAAUUAUCCUUUAGUGAUGCCAAUUGCAAAUCUUUUUGUAACAAGCGAAGAUUACAAAGUUGCAAAACCCUGUAUGGAUGAACACACUGAAAUUGAGUGUGAUAAUUUGUGUUAUUUCCUCAGUAAAUUGCCUCAUUCUGAUCUUUGGCUGAGCAUUCGCAAAAGCAUGUAUCAGUGGAUCUGGGGCAGGAAAUAUGACUUUCUCCACAACCUGAAUGAUAAAACAAUGCCUUCUACUCUUCUGGAAAGUGAAACGAGAGACUAUAAAGAUGCCGGACUGCUGCUGAACUCACCCUACUUCUCAGUGCUGAGAAAAGAAAGAAACAUUGAUCUCAUAAUUUCCCUGGAUUUCAGUGAUGGCGAUCCUUUCAUGACAGUGAGAGAAGCUGCUGAGAUUUGCAAGGAACGAAACAUCCCUUUCCCUGAAGUCAACAUUCCCAGUGAAGACCUGAAGAACCCAAAGGACUUCUAUGUGUUCAAAGGCACAAACACUCCAACCGUGAUUCACAUCCCUCUGUUUAAUGUGGUCAACUGUGGAGGUGACAUUGAGAGGUUGAGGAACAAUUAUAUCACCUUACAAGGUCCUUACAGUGCUGAGAUGAUCACUAAUCUUAUGGAGGUCGCUGGAAAAAACAUCUCAAACAACAGAGAGAAACUGCUGGAGCAGAUAGGUGCAGCUGUUGGGCAGAGAGGACACAACUAAUGAGUUGAAUAAUAAGUCCUUACUGAUUGAUUUAAUGUGUGUGUGUGUGUGUGUGUGUGUGCGUGUGUUUAAGUAAACCCAUACCUCUUUGUCACUUAAUGCUGACACAUCUUUUAAAUGAAAUGAAACAAACAAAAUAUUACUUACAAUAUCAAGGAGAACACAACAACUAACUAAUGGUCUGUUUAUUUAUAAAAAGUAUGUUUCUCAUCAAUUUAGAGCUUUUCAAUCAUGUUUACAUUUAUUUCAAACUAAUAACUAUAAGAAAUGCCAUAUUCCAUGCAUAUUUGUCAUUCAGCUGUUCUCUUCAGUAGUCAAAUUUUUUGUGGAUCAUCAGUCAUUAAAACUUAGUAAAGACUGUAAGUGUCAUGUAAUUUUAUUUCACCAAGCUGAUUUCUCACUAAAAGGCUAGAAGAAAGCAGCCCUUUUCUGUUUGAUAUGUUAAAACACAUUUCAAAGUUUCAGUUUGUUCCUUAAUGCUUGACAUUCAAUAAGCAAUAAAAAUAGAUCAUCACUGAUAAUCAAAUCAAACAAUAGCCUUCUACAGACAUGAUUACAAUUAUGCGUGCUUCUGUUUCAAUUAAUUAAUAAACUGCUCUCUAAAAAUAAA